AUGCCUAAGGGUCUAAAGUACUAUUUUACUUCUCUCACUAGUUUGAAGAACCACACCACGGUCUGGUCCUUUGAUCCUUGCAGCUAUGCGUUUCUUGGGGAAGAGAACGCCUUCACGUUUCGCGGUGCAUCGGAUUUCUUGGAUCCAGACUUCAUGAACAAAACUUUGGCUAUUGUCCCGAUAGUGCUCGACUGGGUGAUAGGGAAUCUGAGUUGUGCACAAGCCAAAGCUGCAAAUGAUUAUGCUUGCCGAGGGAACAGUUAUUGUAAUGACUCGGAUAGUGGUUUUGGAGGUUAUCGUUGUAGCUGCAAUCAAGGUUAUGAGGGCAAUCCCUACCUCAGCCCCGGCUGCCAAGGCGUGGUUUUCUAUAAUGAGCAGUAUUAG